CUUCUCUCUCUCUAGAAUUCACUGCACAUUGUUGCUGAAUGUGACCCCUCUCUCACUUCCGAGUCCUCUCAUUCAUUCUCUCUCUAAAUCAAACCCUAGUUCUAGCAAAUCACAAUGUGGCAAGUUCUGUUAGCUGCAGCGGUAGCAGGAUCUGGGUUCUUUGCUAAACGAGUCCUCACCCUCAGUGCCGAACCACCCAUUACUGAGUCGGAACAAACUCAGCAAAAAUGUGAUCAAUCUACAGAGACACAACACUCUGACGAGUUUUCACUGUCCCAAGUUUCAAUCCCUUUCAGUGAAGACCACAGCAAUGAGACGCAGAGCUCAGUAUCUGGUGAGUCAUCAUCGAUCUUUAGGUUCUCGAGUCCCGGCAAAAAUGGGUCUCGAUUUGGAUCGAAGAAUUUGGGGAAGAAAUCUCGAGGAAUCAGGGGAAAUGUGAAAGGGUUUAAGGGUAUUGAUGUUGGGAAUGUUGAGAAGGAAUGUGGGUUUGUGGAUGGUGGUGAUGGGGUUGUGAUGGAUCAGACGAAGAGUGUGAAGAGAUUCCCCAUUUGCUUAAAGAAGAGGCGAACUAGCAAAAAUGCAAUUGGAAAAUACGAGUCUUGUUCUUCCAAAGAUAACUCAGGUUUUGGCUGGGGACUUGGCAUUGGAAUGAUGUACAUGAUGUCAGCUGGGAAAGCUGAAAUCAGUAGGCUGAACACAGCAAUGGAUGAAACUGCAAGAGUUGUCCAAGAAUUAAAAACUGAACUUUCUAAAAGAAAAUCAUCGCAUCUGCGUACUGAAGGUAUUAGACAUUCAAAUAAAAUCAGAGGCAAGCAUGCUCAAACAGUUGUCACUAAAUCAAGCACCAAGAAUGGAGAUGAUACUGAAGUUUCUGGACUCCCUUCAACUGAAGAAGGUGAAUAUGCAAGUAGCGUUCUUACAGAGGAGCCACCACCAGAGUUGCUCGAAAUGGAUCAACUGGAAGCAGAGCUUGAGUCUGAACUGCAAAAGCUUCCUUGGUGCACUGAAGAAGUUCCUUGCUUUGAAGAAAGAUCAAAUAUUUGUGAGACUGAAGCCUUAGCUAAAGAGUUCAUUGAACCAGAUGGCCAGACUUCCUAUUCUAAUCCAUUAAAUGGUGUAUUACCAUCUGAACUGGAUCAGAAAUUAAGCCGCUUGCUCAUAGAGCAACAGGAGAGCCAAAUUGUGGAACUGGAGUCCGAGCUGCAUCAAGCCCAUUUCAAACUCCAUGAGAAAGAAGCCGAACUCCAAGCCCUAAAGGAUUGCGUCAAACGCCUGACUGAAUUUUCUCUAGCAACUGCUUCAGAUGAAGAAACUGAAAUCCAGGUGGAAAAAGAGAAGAAGAGUGGAGAGGAUUAUGACAAGAAGAUGGUAUUUGAGUCAAAGAAAUCAACAGUUGGGAUGAAAAGAGCAAUGGACUUUGAAUCUUACAAGUGAUGCAUAGAAUGACAGUUUUUUCUCUACAAAGCAAGCUAGGGGGUAAGGUUAGUAAAUGGGCAAGCAUUGGAUACCUUAUGAUUCUGUAUACACAACAUAUGCUUGGGGCAUAACUUUUAAAAAGCAGAUAGCCUGUUUCUGACUACGCCCUCGUCACCUCAACAUGCUAAUAGAGUAUUAUAUCAAUUUUAUAUAACAUUGUAUACUUUUGUGCAUAUGUUUUCCAGUGUCUGGAACUUUUCUAAAUUUCUUCAAUGAUUGAUUCAUAA